UUCCUUAUCGUGAAACUGGAGCGUUCGUGUUUAUGUGACCCCCAACAUCCGCAAGAUCAGCUUCCGCCUAAUGUUUUCGUAAACAUUAGAACUGGGAGCGACGAUCUGACUCACGCACUCAGUCACUGCACUUGAUUCCCACGAACUUCGUGCAGUUACGGAUCUUCACUGUGUUUCAGGUUCCUUUUGGUUUCUGGUGGAGUACUGACAUAAUCUCUAUCACGGAACAUAUUCCAUGAAAGUAUAGCUGCCAGUUACGUGUCCCAACAGCCAUGGAUAACCGUCUAUUGGUGCUGUUAGUCGCUUUAUUUGCUACUACGCAUGCAGCAUCGCUCACCAGUGCUCCGUUUAUUUCCUGUGAUACAACAGCUUAUCCUCCUAAUCCAAGAGAUGCUGUUCCAACUUAUACAGUCAACUUAGACUUGUCCCCGAGAGAAAGAUGGAUUGAAAUUGUCUCCAAUAAGAAGAAUGAGAUUGGUGGUCUCAUUGAUGAUGUAAAAAACCUGACCCUCACACUUAUUGGCGAAAAGGUUUUCAAUUUUGUUAUUACCAACUUGGAUAAGGUUGCUGCCUCAUUGCCUCAUCCGUAUGAUGAAGAAAUAAUUGGUAUAGCAAAGGCUGCAGAUAUGCCAGUGUCUGAAAUCACCUUGUACAACAUAUUUUAUGAAGUAUUUACCUUCUGUACUUCAAUUAUAAUGCAAGAUCCUGAUGGAAACCUCUAUCAUGGUCGUAAUUUGGAUUUUGGUCUCUUUAUGGGAUGGGAUCCCAAAAAGCAUGUAUGGCGUGUGGCUGAAUUAUUAAAACCUCUUGUUGUCCAGCUCAAAUGGCAAAAAGGUGGAAAGACUGUAUAUGAGUCCAUUAAUUAUGCUGGCUAUGUGGGCGUUCUUACUGCUGUAAAGCAGGGCAAGUUUACCUUCAGCUUCGAUGAACGUUUUAAAGCUAAUGGUGGUUUUGUUGGUAUAUUAGAAUGGAUUCUCUUCAAUGAUCAUACUCAGAAAUGGGUUGCAUUCUUGACUCGAGAAGUUAUGGAAAAUGCUAACACUUAUGAUGAAGCCAAAUCUUUGCUCUCCCAUACUCGACUUUUAGCUCCAGUGUACUUCAUCCUGGGAGGAUCCAAACCCAGACAGGGAAGUAUUAUCACUCGUUGGCGUGAAGAAUUUCGUACCGUAGACUUAUGGUCAAAAGAGUCUGACUCUGGUAGCUGGUAUCUGGUUGAAACAAAUUAUGAUCAGUGGAAAUCUCCCCCUUUCUUUGAUGAUCGUAGAACACCUGCAAUACACUGCAUCAAUGCUGAAGGUCAAAAAAAUGCCUCCUUGGAACUCAUUUAUAAUGUUUUAUCUACCAAACCUAUCCUCAAUAAACUGACAACAUACACAUGUCUAAUGGAUGUAAACCAUGGCAUGGGAGCUUGGCUGCGUACCUGUGGAGAUCCUUGCUGGCCUUGGUAAUUUUACAAAUUUAUUGAAGAGGUGGCCUUGAGUAAGAGCUUUCAUUAAAUGUGAUUUAUUCUAGUUUUGCAACAGUUCAUAUUCUAGUGUCAAGGUUCUUCUAGGUGAUAAGAAUGAUGAGCCUUGUAUUAUAUCUGUUAUAAGUAUGACAUAGUUUAACCAAAACAUUAGCUUUACAUUCAAGGUUUGCUAAGGAUAAAUGAAAAUCUUCAUUAUUUUAGGGUAAUUGUAACAAUCAGUUACAAACAUUUAUUUAUGUAGGGUAUUUUUGUAAUUAAGUGUUGAAUAAUGUAUAGGUCAAGUUUUGCAUGAACCUAUAUAAAAACUGUGGUAGUUGUACUGUAAAAUAUGGAACUAUAUAGUAAAGUAGUACAGAAUUAUUUUAAGUUCUUUUGUAUAUUCAGCACUAAAACGUAUCACUGAUUACAAAAAAUCUUUAUUUCUUUUGUUAUAAGACUGCCAGCUACUCUUUAUGCUGCUUUAAAUGUAUUAUAAAAAAAUCCCAAUAUAAUGUGCUGCAAACUUUCAAGUCAAAACUUGCUUCAGUUUUAUAUUUAUUGUAAGUGUUGUUUUAGCACACUAAAUAAUGUGUACAGUAAUUCAUAUUCACUUAGGUUAAGUGAAUGUUUCCUAAUGUGUUUGAUUCAAAGGUAAAGGCAUUUUGAGAGGCUUUGUUAAGUUUUUGGCGUCUAUAUAAAGCCAAGCUUUUAUCUCAUCUCUCUACAUGGAUAAAUUAUCAGGUGGCCUAGUCUUUCAUUAAUUGCAAUAUAAAAAGUAAGAUUAUGAUUUACGUUAUGUAUUGGAAGGAUGUAUGUGUAUACUACUACUGUGCUUUUAUUAUCUGUAUAUGUGCUAUUCUUGCUUUCCAUGUACAGUAACGAUAUUGAUAGAUAGGUAAAAUAAAUACAGGUCGACCAUCACUAAUCCAGCACCAUUGGGGUCUGCAGGGCACUGGAUUAGUGAUUUUCCUAUAUUGCAGACUGGUUCAGUUAGAAUCCACAUAACAGUUAAACACCUCAUCCCGCCUGUAAAAUACCCUGUAAAUGAGCAUAAGUUGGUUAAUAAG